CUCCAAUGGAUUCGUCCGUUGUGAGGCCUUUACGGUAGGGAGUGUUGUUUGUAGGACUCAAGUUUUACGUUACUUUAUGUCUGGAUUUUUUGAAAUCAAGAAACACAAAAUUGUUCGAUUUCAUAGCUAGUUAACUAGCGAAUUAUUUUAUCUAUCGAGGCGAGUUACAGAGCCGAUAGUUUUGGGCGUGGUUCACUGCUAAGUUAGCCGCAGAAGGAAGGCAUCUUCGGCGAGCAAAGUUCCAAAUCCGAGAGCUUAUGAUGCCGACGUUGCGGGACAGUACCAUGUCUCAUCCUGGCGAGAACCUUCACCAAGUCCGGGUAAAAGCUUACUACAAAGGCGACAUCAUGAUCACUCACUUUGAGCCAUCCAUCUCCUACGAGGGUCUAUAUGGCGAGGUCAAAGACAUGUGCUCCAUGGACAAUGACCAGCUCUUCACCAUGAAGUGGAUCGAUGAAGAAGGAGAUCCGUGUACAGUGUCAUCUCAGCUGGAGCUGGAGGAGGCCCUGAGGCUCUACGAACUCAACAAAGACUCUGAACUCAUCAUCCACGUGUUUCCAUGUAUCCCAGAGAAGCCUGGCAUGCCCUGUCCAGGAGAGGACAAGUCUAUAUAUCGUCGCGGGGCAAGGCGCUGGAGGAAACUCUACUACGCCAGUGGCCACGCCUUCCAGGCUAAACGCUUCAACCGGAGAGCUCAUUGUGCCAUCUGCACGGAUCGUAUUUGGGGUCUGGGGCGACAAGGCUACAAAUGCAUCAAUUGCAAACUGCUAGUCCACAAGAAGUGUCACAAACUGGUGACGGUGGAGUGUGGCCGACAGAUGAUUCAGGAGCCUAUAAUGCGGCCUGAUAGAGGGGCCUCCACCAUGCCACUGGACCAUUCAGAACAGUCAGCUCCUCAGAACAAAGAUUCCAGGGAGAGUCUGACCUAUGAUGGAGAGGAGAAAGAGGCGCGCAGCAGCAGAGACACAGGGAAGUCCGCGUCCAGUCUGGGUCUGGUGGACUUCGACCUGCUGAGGGUGAUUGGGCGGGGCAGCUAUGCUAAGGUCCUGCUGGUCAGGCUCAAGAAGACAGAGAGGAUCUAUGCCAUGAAGGUGGUCAAGAAGGAGCUGGUCAACGAUGACGAGGACAUUGACUGGGUCCAGACAGAGAAGCAUGUGUUUGAGCAGGCCUCCAACCACCCCUUCCUGGUGGGGCUCCACUCGUGUUUCCAGACAGAGAGCCGACUGUUCUUUGUCAUAGAGUAUGUCAAUGGAGGAGACCUGAUGUUCCACAUGCAGAGGCAGAGGAAACUACCAGAGGAACACGCCAGGUUCUAUUCCGCAGAGAUCAGCUUAGCGUUGAACUACCUCCAUGAGAGAGGCAUCAUCUACAGAGACCUGAAACUGGACAAUGUUCUGCUGGAGUCUGAGGGACACAUCAAACUCACGGACUACGGCAUGUGCAAGGAGGGCUUGAGGCCUGGAGACACCACCAGUACGUUCUGUGGAACCCCCAAUUACAUCGCCCCUGAGAUCCUGAGAGGAGAGGACUAUGGUUUCAGUGUGGACUGGUGGGCCCUGGGCGUGCUGAUGUUUGAGAUGAUGGCCGGACGCUCGCCCUUCGACAUCGUAGGGAGCUCAGACAACCCAGACCAGAACACUGAAGACUACCUCUUCCAAGUAAUAUUGGAAAAACAGAUCAGGAUUCCUCGGUCUUUGUCAGUCAAAGCUGCCAGCGUUCUCAAGGGUUUCCUCAACAAGGAACCCAAGGAGCGGCUGGGCUGUCAUCCUCAGACGGGCUUUGCUGACAUCAUGGGUCAUCCCUUCUUCAGAAACGUAGACUGGGACCUUAUGGAGCAGAAACAGGUUGUUCCUCCAUUCAAACCCAACAUCUCAGGAGAGUUUGGGUUGGACAACUUUGACGCCCAGUUCACCAACGAGCCUAUACAGCUCACGCCUGACGACGAUGAUGCGGUGAAGAAGAUCGACCAGUCAGAGUUUGAAGGCUUUGAGUACAUUAACCCUCUCCUGAUGUCGGCAGAGGAGUGUGUGUGAGGCAGAUUGUGUGUGUGUGUGUGUGUGUGUGUUUGAGAAGUAUAUGUGCGGACACUCCAAGCCACAGCGUCUCCUCGACUACAAUCUCGCUAGUUAACUCUGCAUGGUUUCCAGACAACCCAACGAUGACAUCACCAAUUAGCGCCCUUCUGUUGGACAGAGCACGGGACUAGAGACGCUAACUUGCCAAACUAAUAUCACAGUGUGUACGUAAGAGUCCCAAAUGGCGUCCUACACUCUACUUAGUGCAGUAGGGAAUAAGAGGCCUUUUAGGAUGAAAGCCACUCUGCCAUUUAUAACCACUAGUCCUUAAAAACCAUCUUCUCGCUUUAUUUUUGUAUCAUGUUUGAAAUCCGCACUGGUUUCCUUUUUAGUCAUCAGGGCGCGUUCUCUUCGUAGCCAAUAAGGGUUGGAGGUGGUUGGUUACCUAGGUUACUGGACACAGGGCGGAGGAAAGUGGGAUCCUCCUCUCUCCUCUACUUGGUGCUGUUUGAUGCAUAUUUUAUUUGUACAUAUUAAGUCAUUGAGGAUGGUUAUAUGUUUAGACCAGGCCUUUCAGCUCUAAGCCAGAUCACCAGGGAGACAUGGUUGAAAACUGUUCAAUAUUAGACAUCCACUAUAUGCGUUCUGAUUAGCUUUGUUGAAGCUCCAUGUUUGUAAAGGACAACACUAUUUUUUUUUUAAAUUUAAAAAGAACACUAAUCUAUAUAUUUGUCUGAUUUUAUUUAAUGAAAUGUCAGUCUCUAUGUAUGAUGACGGUUAACGUCCUAAAAUAGGUGUUGGUCUUCCAGCCUGGUCUCCUGACAAAACACAAACAUUGGUCCCCUGUUUACGUUUACAGUAUUUGUCGUGGCAAACUGUGUGACAGAACCAGGAAGUAGAGACCGGAACAGCCACAGCCAACCAAAACUAACUUAGAUACUGACAAUGAGCCAAUGUCAAACGGCACCCUCUAUCUGAUCAAGUGCCCAACAGAAGUGUUCUACACUACAGUAUGAAACGUAGUGCACUACUAAAAGGGUUAUGGUACCAUCUUGGAUGUAACCAAACUGUGAAUUGAAGAGUUUACUUGCUGGAGAGGAAUAGAGUAAAGGGGUGGGGCUGGAGCACUAGCAAAGUCCAGGGGUUGCUUCCCAAAUGACACCCUAUUCCCUAUGUAGUACACUAUGUAGGGAAUGGCAUUUGGGGGUAGGGCCCAAAACGCCUAUGCAGACAGACUAUCCAUGCAGUCUGUCGUUAACACCGGACCAAAAGCUGUUUUGUAAAACAGAGAAGAGGAUUUGUCUUGGUACGUUUAGUAAGGUACAGCAGUAGGAAGAUAUGUUGUCCUAAUAUCAUAGAAAUUAUAUAUUAAUUACAAACAAAUACUGUUUAACUUUUACAAUACAAUGCCUUUCUGAAACUGUUUUCUUUUUCAUAGUAUUUUUAUUUUUCUAUUGUUUUCCAUGCCUGUCAAUAUAAAUUGGAGUCCUAUAACAAGGAAUGGACCAGCACUGAUCCCUGGACCACUCCUGCCUAACCUACAGGUUUAUUUCUUGAAAGAGAUUUUCAUCAAAAGUUCAGAAUAGUGUUAAGUUACAACGUUGCUUCCAUCCAAAUUGACACUCUUCCCUACAUAGUUCAGCAUUGAACCGAGCCAUAAGGCCCUGGUCAAAGGUUGUGCACUAUUAUAAAGAAUAAGGGUCCAUUUGAGAUGCAGAUGGAGUGUUUAUAGUGGGGCCACAUGGUAAUCGAUUCAAGGAACAAAAACGCUUCUGAAUUUUUACUGUUACUUUAUAUUUCAGUUUUUCUUUUUGUAACUUUUUUUGUUUUUAAAAAAGGAAAAAAAAAAAGAAUUUGCUGUAACUAAUCGUUGAUCACUACAUUGACUGAUUUGUAAUAUUGUUAUUGGGUUAAGCCUGUAUGCAAGUACUGUUGGAUUAGAAUGAGGGUGAUGCAGUGUGUUUUAUCCAGAGGAUCCUGCUGAACUCUAACAGGAUGUAAAAACACUGUUGUUGUUUUUUUUUGCAAAAUAAACCUUUUAUUUCCCUC